AUGUAUGUGUUCGGCAAGCCCUUCACCACGCCCCUGGCAUACUGGCCCAGCCACCGCGACAUCUCCAGAUACUUUAUUGCCUACUGGACCAACUUCGCCAGGACCGGAGACCCCAACAAGGGGGAGUCUAAGGUGCCUGUGACCUGGCCUGCAUACACCACCUCUGGGCAAAAAUACCUGGAGAUCAAUGCUGACAUGAACAGGAACUACGUCCAUGAGAAGAUGAGGUUCUUUGAGCAGCCGGUGCCCCUCUUCCUUCCUCCACCCAUCUUCUCUCGCCUGGACAGUGCUGUGGACUAUAACUACCGACCUGAAAUCCAACACAAAGAAGGCUAUUGUCCCCCGAUAGACUCCAGGGAUAAUCGAAAUGGUUUGAGUCGACCUCGUCGGCCUCACAACGCCAUCUUCCUCAACUUUGACGACCAGAACAUCCCCACGGAGCCCCUGGAGGCUGCCAAGGUCAACUGGAAGAGAGUGUGUGUUCACCCCAGUGACAUAAAGGCAGAGGAACAAAUGAGGUCAAUGUUUGAGAGCCGGCCCAUCUGGUCCGGGUACGCGGUCAAGGCCAACCUGGACAUCCACCCUGAUAAACUGAAGCUGCUGCUCCCUAUCGUGGCCUACUAUAUGGUGAGGAGACCUAGACCAUCGCUCUGGCUAAGAGCAAACUACGACCCCUGCAAGACACCAGAGGCCAAGAAAUACCAGGUGCUGGACUUCAGGAUCCGCUGCAGUACCAAGCACGGAUAUACUAUAAAUGACAUGCCAGUGAAGGCCAAGAGGAGCACGUUCAACUAUACCCUGCUAAUCACAGUUAACAAAGCAGUGCCCCAGGCUGCUAAUGUGACAUAUUUAGCCCCUGAGGGCCCUGCUGGUGGACUUAGUGCUAAUAUAACCAGUUACCAGCUCAAGGAGUCAUCGUACAUAUUCCGAGAUGGGACCCACAGGCAGUUCUACCAGCUCUGUGAUCGGGAAUUGGAGAGCAUAAGGAACGUGAUCAGUCGGAACGACGGCCAGGAGAAGGAGUGUGACGAGAGGGACGGCUGGUGUCUGUCCCACACCUCUGAUGACCUCCGAGAUAUCAUGUCCUCCAUGAUCAAGCAGGUUAUCCGUGCCAAGAGGCCAGGUGAGACCUCUCUCUAACACUGGCGCAGCACUCACCUAUGAUCGACCUGGCCUGGAGUCAAACCACAGAGUUUGACUUCAUGGUGAAUAGGUGUUCAGUGUGUCUUGA